UUUUGCUGGUGUAGUGUUAAGCGUACCGUGGUGACGAGAGGUUGGCGUUGUGGUCUGUGAACUUUAAGGAACGCGGUCACGCCUGAGAGCAACAGGAUUCUUGAUGGAAUCGUUUAAGCAGAGAUAAGAAAUGGCGUCUCUGUGCCGCCACUUCGUUCAGAAUGCGUGGAGGAAAGAUUUGUGCUCAAAUUGCUUCAAAUCCAAAGAGGAGCACAAUACAAAUGGAUCUGGCACAGGUGAAGGCAAGAGUCUCUAUUUGGGUACCACGUACCCAAGUGGUACCCGCUCAUGGCAGCAGACGGACACAGCUCUUCAGGUAUCGCAGACAUUUGGCAUCCUGAAAGAUAGGCAACAUGUCCGCCGAUCAAAAGGUUCUGCCGUGCACUUUCCAGCUGAGGAAUCAGAGGUGAUUGGUUUUGGAGGAGAUGAGUUAUACCCUUCAGAUAGUGAAGAUAUCAUCGAGCCUGAAGAGAAUGGUUUGACGUGCGAUGACGAUGUUGAUGUUGAAGAGGAUCGGGCCUUGCAGAGACUUACUCGUACCAACACGGACUUUAACAGUCUGGUGGAAAAUCUGUCAGGAUCGGGAAACAGCGAAACAAAGAGAACCUACACACAGUUGUUACUCGGGAAACCGCUCACUGAUGCCGAAGGACGUCGAAAAACAUUGCAAGUCUCUGUUACUCCAUUUGGUGGUCAGGACGAAUCCAGUGUGCCCACAUUGACGAGCAUUAAAAAAAAUAUCCUUGGCAAGCAUCAGGACACGACUAAGAUAAUCACGCAGUCAUCUUUUGGAAAGAACAGUGAAAUUCCAAAUGAAAAGUCUGGAGAGAUUGUUCUCAAGUCAGUAAUAAAAAAUACAGGAUCAAAGCAGGAGAAUACUUCAAGUUUAGGAAUGACAAAUGGUGAGAACUCUUUAAAGGAGACAGACAUUAGCAUGAAAAAGUCUUUUGUUAAAAAGAAUGGGCUUCCUCAUCAGAAUUCAAGGGAUAUCAUUCUUAAAUCACUUUUGAAAUCAAAUGGUACCAGUCAGAUACCAGGAGAUACUGACGCUGGAACAAGAGAUGAACGGAAUGCUGUAGACAUUGCACAUCCGCAAGACUUUAAAUACAAAACUAAAGAUGCUCCAUCAAACAAGGCAGCAUCUGAGGUAUCCCUGAAGUUGUCUGUAAGAAAUAUUACCCAGAUAUCAAGAGAAAUUGGAGAAAAUAUUUCGAAAGCAAAUGAGAAUGAAACCUCAGAAGGUAAAGUCAGUCGCAUUCCAGUGAUAAAGAGCCGUGUUUCUCCAGAGAAAUUCAAGGUGGUGAGUCGAACAUCUGCAUUCAGUGGGAGAUACGAUCUGUUAAGCAAGCCAAAGGGGACUUUACCAAAACCAGCUGUCCGAAAAAGUAGUUACGAGUCUUUGAGGAAAAUAGAGAAUACUGUUAAGGAUGACGGUACAAAUUUAGUUACGAGUGAGGCCAUUUGCAAAGAUAGUGGGCAAAGCCACCAGAAUGAAGACUGCUCAAACCAUAGGCUCAAAAAGGAUAGCGGUGUAUGUCCUGAAGCCAUUAUUUCAAGUUCGGUCUCUCAAAGCGAAGCAAAGCUUGUAAAAGGCUUAGAGAUUCUCGCAAACAGAGGAGAUUUUAGUACAGAUACUCCUUCAAAACUAUGCAGUGUAACAGGCGUUGAUGACGGUAUGAAGCAAUGUGACACGAGCUCAAACACCGCUGUAGUAGAAUCAAAAGACGUAAAUCCAACUGCUGAUGAAAUUGAAACAUUUGUUAAUUGUAUUGGAGAUCUAGAUAAAGAAGCUGUUGGCAUUUCGUGUAACAUUGAAAGCACAUCUAAAGAGAUUCGCGUGGGAUGUCCGAUGUCUCCUGUGAACGAAGAAACACGUAAGUUGUCAGGCGAAAUUGUAACAGAGGAUGAAAUCGAAACCUUACGUGUUCGUAAAAUUGAAGGAGAAUCUUUAGUAACUAAUCCAGUUAAUGUGACAGUCAGAGCUGAAGAUGUUACAGAUUUUAAACCAGCAGGCGAAUCUGUCACAGAAGAAGUCUUAUUGAAAGAGAAGGAUGUGGAAAUGUUCUGUGCAGAAGAGAGCAGAGAGCUUGCGGGAGAACCGGACGGCAGGGCAGAUCCUGACGAACUCAAUGAACCUCCUGCUCUUCCGCGUAGCCCCCCUCCGGUCAUCGAUCCUCGGCCGUCUUUCCUUCAUGCCCUCACUCAGGUUAAUACUUUGAGGAAAGGACCAGGGGACAAGCCUAAAAUACCAGUGAAACCAAGCACAAAGGUACUGCAAGCAGCUCCGAGGAGACAUGUUUUACCCCAGUCACCAAAACAGACUCAAGAAGGACACCAUGACGCGUUCACCCAGAUCCAGGAGCACGUGUUAGAGGUGUCUGCAGUCGAAUGUGACGUCACAGAGAAAUUACCUCAGCAGCAACACGAGGUGGCUGCUCUAGAAACUGCACGAGCUCACAAGCGCCAAGCGCCCAAACCUCCUCCAGUCCCUGCCGAGGACAUAUCGUGCCCCCUGUUUACUCGCAAUCUGUCUGUUGGCCUCGUAAAAUCCUCUUCUCCCGUCACUCGAGAGAAGGAAAAGCGAGAACGAGCCUCGUCUUGUAGUCCCAAGCUUCGUGGUGAUUUGGUGAACCAGUCUCCGAGCGGGGUGAGCUCUAGUCCUGCGCCCUGUCCAGAACCUUUUGCAUCUCCCUCUGCCACUCCCACCGAACAAGAGAAGAAGAAAUCGUCACAUGGCCGUGGACGCUUCUCGCUCAGGAAGUUCCUACGCUUUGGUGGCUGUAAAGAAGAUAAGACUGUGAGCAGCGUUGAAGUUCAGAAGCAGGAGGAUGUGGUACCCAACUUGCCCACGCCUCGUCCACGACUGGAGAUAAUCCAUCCGUCGGAGCUGAAUGGCUCCAAUGUGGAGGUUCUGCGAGGAGAUGCCAGCAAUGUGAGGCCUCGCUUAGACGACUCAGUCACUGAGGCUUCCAGCUCCUGUGACAAUAACAAGGAGAGUUAUAUUUCAUCUGACCCUGGAAAUUCACAGUCGGCGAACAAUUCAAACCAGGUUUUGUCAGUAAGGCCCGCAAAACCACCGCCUCCCCCUCGUAACCAGUCGCUAGAUGCUUGGGGUAAAGCGAUAGAAGGGUUGAACAAACCAGCGAGGCCACCACCUCCAAAAUCUGCAGAGCUGCUGUGGCAGCAGAAACAGCCGACGAGACGGAUACAGCAGAUUCUUCCUGUCAACAACUUGUACGCCAAUUUAGGUGAGGUCCGAUCCGGUCUGACUCCAAGUAAACCGCAACGCACUUCCAGUAUCAGGGAUGCGAACACGGAAGGACCCAAGAGGAAGGUCGAACCCCAGACUGAUGACAGUGGCUACGAGUCUGUCGAACUCAAUAACGGGAAGCACGUGUCGGUUACGGAGAAUGUGUACGAGUGCCUGUCACCGUCGAGUGAUGGUGAGACUGUGGAGGCAAACGCGGCGAAAGCGAUUCGGUGUAACGGCGUCCAGCAGCGCCGGUCAGAAGGCAGCGUGGACGCAUCUCCGGACUACGUCAAGUUCCGGGGCAGCUUUACGCGUUCCACUUCCCUCCCUUACUGUGGCAGCGAGACAGAGUCAGAAAUCUACGCUCCUUACAGCUUCCAUAGCAGCGAAGAUACCGGGGACGAUGACUCGGAAUGGUCCCCUGUUUCUGGACAUCCCUGGAAGACGCACAGGUUGCGUUUAAGAAAAGGACGAAGCGUGGUCCAUAAGAAUUUGGAAGAUAACUACGGAGCGGUUAUCGUAGCCAAUCACGAAGCUUUGGCACAGGUUCUUGAACAGGUGAAUGUCGGUUCGGUUGUACCGCCAGCUCUGCGUUGUCUGAAAACUGCGGCAAAUCUGCGCUGGGUGGAUUUUACGAUCCCGGACGACUCCGGUUCUGCUACGGUCGGAAGACGUUCAUUUCACUCGGCCUUGUGGAGUGGACACGGCGUCACUCUUUGUCUGAUGGCAGACCAAUGCUUGCAGAGCAAUAUACCCUCUAGGGGCUGUUUCGCCCUCUGCCCCAUCACGGAGUUCAGUGACGUCGUCCCUGCCCACUACCUGCCUGGUCAGCCCAAGGACAAGACGGACCUCGUGCAAGCGUGCGUCGUGGUGUUGACCCGGAUGCAGGCCGACACGAUACAGACCUACGGCGCGACGCUCCGCGGCAGAAUCCCAGAGGAAGAACAGUGGAGAGACGGAAGUUUUGUGUUGCUCCAGCUCGUCAAUGGAUUAAAGACUCUUCAAGCUCAAGGCAUCGAGGAGGCUCCUCUGUCGCUGUCGAGCUUCGUGCUGUGUCGCGAAGAACGAGACCUACAACCGAGGCUCUGCGUCUUACAAGUACCGGGCACGGGAGACAGCGAAGAUGGCUCCCUCUGUCAAUGUGCGUUGGCAGCUCUGAGGGAGCUCCUCCCCACAGCCGCCGUCACUCCGCUCAUAAGCGACCUGUUGCACUGUGAACGGGCCGUGUCUCUAUCGCAGGUUAAGUCGGUGUUGGAGUUCUCGUUGUGGGGUCCAGCGGACGUGGCGUUAGGAGCGUCGUCUUGCGACCGGGAACUUGUAUUGCAACGGUGGCUUGACCUUGAAAGGGCCACAGUGCUUCAUGGUCUCGUACACACGCGGGUAGAACUGACGGUGUUUGAGGAAUGUCAUUUGCUGUUUCUGGUGAGAACUAGUGCGAAGAUUAUGUGCGAGGCGUCGGUUUUACUGGAUUCAAAUAGCGCCAGUGGCCCGGAGACGACAAGCUUCUGAAGCGUCCGAGGUCCUCCGCGGAUUCCCAUCCCCGGAUUAAAUUGAAUCCGUGACGUAACAGCUCCAGAGAGCCAAAGCCGACCUCAGGUUUACAUGCCUAAGCAGAGGUGAACUAUCAUCUAACCAGACGAAACCCCAGCCAUUUCUACCUUUCCUGACCCCAAUUUCCUCACGAUGUUUGGCUUGGCACCGGUUCUACUCCCCCCGAGACUCGAACCAGCGCUCAUUUCGUAUCGCCGGUCCGAAUCGUGACGCCUCAGACGACGCGGGACACAUGAAUUAUAUGUGUGUUCUGAAUACAGUGUCUUAAUAUUGUUUCGAGUAUAGUUUUUUUUAUGUUUUACGAAACAAAAUUUUUAUGUUAUACAAAUAAUUUGUCAACUUUUUUUUAUAUGUUAAAUAAAAAAAAAAAGUUAUGUAGA